UUUUCGAUUGCUAAAAGUUCAAAUGACAGCGUCCUGUGCAAAGCCAGGCACGCACCGCAGGCACAGCCAGGAUCGGGAAUAUGUCGUUCAAGAAAGAAGCCUUCUUCAUCUGUUCUCUGGUGAUUCUUUGGUACUCCUCAAAUAUUGGAGUCAUCCUCCUGAACAAGUACUUGCUUUCCAAUUAUGGUUUCAAAUUCCCCAUCUUCCUCACGAUGUGCCACAUGACUGCCUGUGCCGCUCUUAGCUACAUUUCCAUUGUUUUCCUCAAGAUUGUGCCUCAUCAGACCAUCAAAUCAAGGUCCCAGUUCAUCAAGAUUGCAACUUUGAGCGUUGUGUUCUGUGCAUCGGUGGUCGGUGGCAACGUCUCCCUCAGGUACCUCGCGGUUUCGUUCAAUCAAGCUGUGGGUGCCACCACCCCUUUUUUCACGGCGUUGUUCGCUUAUUUGGUGACCCUUAAGCGCGAGGCUUGGGUCACUUAUGCUGCUCUUGUGCCCGUUGUUGCUGGGGUUGUGAUUGCUAGCGGGGGUGAACCGGGCUUUCACUUGUUUGGAUUCAUUAUGUGCAUAAGUGCUACCGCUGCAAGAGCCUUCAAGUCUGUCCUUCAGGGCAUCUUACUUUCUUCUGAAGGGGAGAAGUUGAACUCGAUGAAUUUGCUCCUGUAUAUGUCUCCAAUGGCUGUCGUGGUUUUGGUUCCUGCAGUGCUUAUUAUGGAGCCCAAUGUCAUAGACGUCACAACAACUCUUGGAAGGGAGAAAAAAUCUAUGUGGAUUCUUCUUUUGCUUAACUCAGUGACCGCUUAUGUAGCGAACUUAUCAAACUUCUUGGUGACUAAGCAUACAAGUGCUCUUACCCUUCAGGUGUUGGGGAAUGCAAAGGGUGCUGUGGCUGUUGUGAUCUCAAUCCUUAUAUUUAGAAAUCCUGUGACUGUUGUGGGCAUGGCGGGCUACACAAUUACAGUAUUGGGGGUGGCAGCAUACGGAGAAACAAAGAGAAGGUUUAGAUGAACAACUUGUCUUUCUGUCUAAACGUUCUCCUAUCUAUUUUUGUAAUUUGAUUUGUCCUAGUUUUUCCCACGUGAACAUGAUUCUUGGUAAUUUGACCAUGGCCAGGUUGGGGCGGGUAAAGUAAUUUUUUGUCAUGCUUGUUGCAUGUAUGCGGAAAUAUUUUUGUAUCACAGUUAGAUUUUGCCGAGCAGAUUCUGCUAUUCUUCGAUUACA